AGUGAAAGAAGAAUCCGCACUCCCAAAUUGUCCUGCUAAGGAGUAGCGGUUCGUCUACGGAUGCGGGUGGGAAAUAAGAAUUAUUAGAGUGUUUAAUUAAAGUUAAACGGAUUAACAACUCGGGGGACUGCUAAAGCAUCGAACAACUGACUACAAAGGACAACAAUGCACAACAAACCACAGCACUCCAGACUCAGUGGAGCCAGCAACUUGUGAGACGUCCCAGAGCCGCAGCACGACCACCGAGGCUGGUGGAGUAGAAUACUCACUGUGCACUGGUUGGAGAAGUCAAUCCAGAGAGGAGCUGGGAGUUAUUGUUGUUGAGAAGAAGUCACUUCCUUAUUUAGCCUGUCAACUUGUACUGGUGAGACCUGCUGCACCACAUCAGUUCGACAGAGGUCCUGAUCCCAGCUCCUGCAGCCCCCCCUCCCCCUCCCUCCCUCCCUCCAUCAGUGGUGGUGACCCAGCUUCGGACAGCUUGCUGCAGGGCCCUUCCUGAGCAGCAGCAGCUGCGUCCUGCUUGCUGACUCCCUCCCUCCCCUGCUUCCUGUCCUUGGUCAGACAAGGCUAAAGUCCCCUCUCCACUACCCCACCCCUCAUCUCUGUUGGCCUCUCAUACUCUGACACAUUCACACACACUGAAGUGGUUUCUCUUGUUGACCACACACUUAGGCAACUAACGCUAGUUGGAUAUCCUCAGCAGGGGACUUGUAGACCACCUUGGUCCCCCCUGGAGCGAAUCCUCCCUUUUCUACCUACACUACAGCCUCCAGCAUGACCUCCAUGUCCAGUCUCUUCUCCUUCACAAGUCCAGCAGUCAAACGCCUGCUUGGCUGGAAGCAGGGAGACGAGGAGGAGAAAUGGGCAGAAAAGGCAGUGGAUGCGCUCGUGAAAAAGCUGAAGAAGAAGAAAGGCGCCAUGGAGGACCUGGAGAAAGCUCUGAGCUGCCCCGGGCAGCCCAGCAAGUGCGUUACCAUUCCAAGAUCACUGGACGGCCGGCUACAGGUUUCCCACAGGAAAGGUCUGCCUCACGUAAUCUACUGCAGAGUGUGGCGCUGGCCAGACCUGCAGUCCCACCACGAGCUCAAGCCCCUGGAGGUGUGCGAGUACCCGUUUGGCUCCAAACAGAAGGAGGUCUGCAUCAACCCAUAUCACUACAAGCGAGUGGAGAGUCCUGUGCUCCCUCCUGUCCUGGUACCGCGGCAUAGUGAGUUCAACCCACAGCACAGUCUGCUGGUACAAUUCCGCAAUCUCACCCACAAUGAGCCGCACAUGCCCCUGAACGCCACCUUUCCGGAGUCCUUCCAGCAGCCUCACAGCGGGGGCGGAAGCAGCAGCGGAGGAGGUGGAGGCGGUUCUUUUCCCAUCUCUCCCAACUCUCCGUAUCCUCCUUCUCCAGCCAGCAGUGGUACUUACCCAAACUCUCCUGCCAGCUCGGGGCCCUCCAGUCCAUUCCAGCUCCCAGCUGACACCCCACCCCCAGCCUACAUGCCCCCUGACGAGCAGCUGGGCCAGGAGAGCCAGUCCAUGGAAACGAGCAGCAGCGUGGUGCCGCAGAACAUGGCCAGAGGAGAUGUGCAACCAGUGGAGUAUGAGGAACCGAGCCACUGGUGCUCUAUCGUCUACUAUGAACUCAACAAUCGUGUAGGUGAGGCUUACCAUGCCUCGUCAACCAGUGUGCUGGUAGAUGGCUUCACUGACCCUUCGAACAACAAGAACCGCUUCUGCCUCGGGCUGCUGUCCAACGUCAACCGCAACUCGACAAUCGAGAACACCCGCAGACACAUCGGCAAAGGAGUGCACCUGUACUAUGUGGGAGGGGAGGUGUACGCAGAGUGCCUCAGUGACACUAGUAUUUUUGUCCAGAGCCGUAACUGUAAUUACCACCACGGCUUCCAUCCCACUACUGUCUGCAAGAUCCCAAGCGGAUGUAGCCUCAAGAUUUUCAACAACCAGGAGUUUGCUCAGCUUCUGGCCCAGUCAGUCAACCACGGCUUUGAGGCGGUCUAUGAGCUUACCAAGAUGUGUACCAUUAGGAUGAGCUUUGUCAAGGGCUGGGGAGCAGAGUAUCACCGACAGGACGUCACUAGCACCCCCUGCUGGAUUGAGGUGCACCUGCAUGGGCCCCUCCAGUGGCUGGACAAGGUGCUAACACAAAUGGGUUCACCUCUCAACCCAAUCUCCUCCGUGUCCUAAUGAUGGGACUUGUUGGAGCUUGGGAGGUCUUACUUUUUGUUUUUCUUUUUAACAUUCUUUACUCCCCCCUCCAGUGAUUUAUAAUUUAAGGUGGUCUUAAAGGCUGAACUGUUUACACUUAACUUUGGGAAGGGAUGUUGAACUCUGGCUGGAAAUUCAGCAACAGCAGCAGCCGGAUUCAGUUGUUGAAACAGAGUAACGUUAAAAGCAAAUGCGUGGAGGAAGAGAGGAACAAGGAAUGCCCAAGUAGCAGUAACGACACGGACAAACUACUGCUCGACAAUGCAACAACACCUGCAAGAAGUGAGGGCUCCAUUGUCAAGUUUGAAUCUAAUUUUUGCAUCAAGUUUUGUUUUCUUAAAUGUUUUUAUUUCUCUGUAUGUGUAGUUUUUAACGAAGCAGAACAGUUUCACUACUCUGCCUUACGUCAGACAGACAAAUUGGAAUUUUACUGAACACUUUUCGUACAUUGUUGUCUCAAUGUCAGAUAUUUACAAUUAAGAUAUAGACACGAUAAUGUUUACCAUUAGGCUCAGAUAUAACAUGCUUUCUUUUUAUAGUCUGUACUGCUAGAAAUGAACACUGAGCUACUGCCUUUAAGAGAAGGUUACGUAUGCCAACCUGAUCGUUUUCGAUAUGGGAGAUCAAUCACUGAACAAGUUUAACAUGCCAUAAGCUAACAACAUUGUGAAUGUUACAUCUAUUGCAAUAGAAGUAGUCAUUUAUGAUAUAAUCAGACAAUGGACAUCAUCAUUAUUGAUUCUUGUUUGUACUCUCGAGUUCAAGGAAGAGUGACUGUAUUUUCAAUACUCACUGUAUUAACAAUAUUGUGCACUCAUGGAAUUUUUUUUUUUUUUUUUUUGAAGGCAUAUUAAAUUUUGGCGGGGGUACCAAGGCAUUAUGUUAAUUGACUUCAUUAGCUCAAUGAAAUAAACAUGUUAUUUGGUAACAAUGAUUGUU